AUGCCUCCAACCGAUAAAAGAGGAAAACACUCAAAUAGACCAUUAAAACUGUCUGAUGAUACUCGUAAUAAAAUUAAAGAGCAUAUAUCAUCAUUUAAAGAAGACAAUCAACACAUUUUUAAAAAGUGGACCGAACACUUGAAUAAAUUCUACAAAAAGCUUUUCAAUUCAACCAAUAAGGAAUUCGAAGUUUCAAAAGAACACCCUAGGUUAAUCAAGUAUAGAGACACAUACAAUGGGACAUGGUUCUCUGCAGUUGUGAUGGACAGAAAACCUAUCAUUUUCAAAAAUUUGGAGAGGAACAGCCAAUUUCUUCUUACAGAAAUAUCUUACGCAGGUCCAAUACCAAUUUCGGCGGAAAAAUUUGCCAAUUUGCAGAGUUUGAAAAAGUUCUGUAGGAAAGCAGCUCAAGAUUAUUUUUGCUCACUGGUGCAUAAUUGA